AUGAAGUUGGAUGAUAUCAUGAAAGAGUUGAUCCAACGCCUGGAAGAUUUGGAACUAUUAACAACAGAUGCUCAACUAUACAAGGCUGAUGAAAUAUGGGACAGACUGCUUGUAUUGAUACUGGAGUUGGAAGAACAGAAUCGCAAGUCUACAGAUGUAUUGCAGCGCUUACAGAGUAUUGGACUGGAAGAUAUCACAGCCAAGUAUUUGGAGUAUAAUCGACCCAGUUUACAGGCGAUAAAAACAUGUACAGAGUUAUUCGAUUGUGGACGCUGGAGUGAGGAGUAUAAAUUUGACAUCAAGCCUAUGGUCGAGAUUAUUGUUCACGAGUCUGAUCAACAAGUGCUCAGAUUGUCGAUUGACCUGUUUUCGACCGUUUGCAGUGAGAUUGACGAUGGAAAUUUUGGCAUCGUGCUGUCAAGACUUGUUUCACGACUGGAAUCAUCCAAUGGUCUAGUUGCUGUUGGGUUUAUCAGAAAUCUUCAAACCAUGUAUCGGAGUAUUUAUCCUCAUGACCGAGUAAAAGCAGUGGAAUGUGGCAUCAUUCCAGCACUGGUCAAUACGCUUAGGAGUGUCGAUCAAGAAGUGAUUUAUGAAAGCAUUGCUGCUAUUGAGAACUUUUGCAAACAUGCAGAUUGUGAAGUGAUUUCAGCCGAGUUGAUGAGGCUGGAUUUGAUUCAAACGUUGAACGACUUGUGUAUCAAAUACAGCAACGACUUUGCAUUAAAAAUACGCAUGAUCUGGAUAGCAGGAACAAUUGCAUCUGGUAUGCGCGACUUUCCUGUAUCGCUUGUACGGUCGUUGAUUUUUGAGCAAUUGACGAUAUCGAUGUGCGAUGUCGAUAUGAAUGAUCCUUUGCGUCUGUUAAUAAUGUCAGCGACAUGA